AGAAGAUGGUGCUGCACUGUGCGACGAAUUCACGAAGAUGGUCCAUGAACGAGCAGAUAUUGAGAUGAAAUACACUUUAAAGUUGCGAGAUUGGUCUAAACGCUGGAACGAGAUAAAUGCAGGAUAUCAGAUGGAAGAAUCAGCACUACCACAAAUCUGUUUUGAAGUGGAAGGAGGUCAAAGAGUGACGCCUGCAAGAUAUCACAAUGUGGUGGAUAUGUCGGAGAGUGAAAGAUUGACCAAUAUUUACAAAGGGUUGUUAUUAAAGGUUGAUGGUUCUGAUGCAACCAAAGAUCUCAAGUGGUGGUCGUCGCAAUAUGGACCGGGGAUGCCUAAGAAAUGGCCUGAAUUUGAGGAUCCUGACGUAUGGGAUAUUUCCUCGAACCAACAUAAAUCGAAACCAAGCAUGAUCAGAAGACUUAGUCUACGAAGGCGAAACAGUAAGCAACGAUAUAGAACAUCGGUUACCGUGACAACACCUGCACAGCCUGAGAAUACACGGGCAUCCGAUUCAGACUCGUAUAAUCCCUUCAUGAGUGCCUCCACUGAGCCGGGUAAUGAUGAAGAUAAUAACGUGACCUAUGACCACCCUAGAUCAUCAUAUUACAUGACACCAUCAAAUGGCAUGCAGGAAGGCUUCCCUCACGAUGAACAUUAUAGAUCGCCAAACAUUGUUGAUUCUUAUAACGACGCCUGGAAUAGAAACACGACAUUUUCUCCGACGAAUCGCGAGCAAACUGCUCAUUCCGCAUACCAACAACCCAGUGGUAAUGAUUAUUAUAACCAAACGAGUUGGGAGUAUGACCCAAGUGGCACAUCGACCGCUAAAUCUCAUCCAACGACUGAUGUUGCAGUGGAUCAUGAUAAUGAUAGUGUAGAUGGUGGAGCUCAAUUGCAAAGAGAAACUACUGGAGCCAGUUUGAAUCCGUUUGAUAAUGACGAUGACGAAGAUUUCGUAGAAGAUGAAAAUACUGAAGUUGAAGCACCAAAGGUGAAUGGUGAUAUAUUAGACAAUGGUAUACCUGAAAACGCAGAUGAUGUUACUGGUGUCCCUGUGCGUGCUAAAUAUAAUUACGAUGCAAGCGAAGACGAUGAACUAUCGUUCCAAGUUGGAGAUAUCAUCACCCAGUUAUCAGGUGAAGAUGGUCAAGGAUGGUGCAAGGGAAGACUAAAUGGUGUCGAAGGACUAUUCCCAGCGAAGUGGGUGGAGGCUGUUUAGUGAUGAAUAAUAAUUUCAGAAAUAAUAGUGGAUAAUAAGAAUUUCAGUAGCAGACACAUAGGUUUCCUUUCACAUAUAUUGAAAAUCCAUGGUUGCCCAAACACCACUUCAGAACGUGCUGCUUUCGCUUGGGUUCGAUUUUCCCUCACCAAAAUUUUAGUACACCAAUUGUCGAACUAACUUCUGGUAGCUUAUAUUUUUGUUUAUACUAAGCUCUUUUAAGUGUCAAACAACUUCAGUUCUUACCUUUUUUAAAACAAGCGUUGCUGUUCGUUCACUUCUCACCCUUGCCCUUGCGAAAUUUAGUGGUCCCCACACAAAGUGUCUUCUCCUGAAGUAUUUAUUGAAUAAUUUAAUCAUGAAAUAAAAUAUAUAUUGUAAUAUUAUCCAGCAAGGUUUCGUAAUACGUCGUUGAAGAGGGCGUCACUUGCCGUAGAACAAUUCCCACGAAUAUGAGAUGAAGUUCUCAAUAUUUCCCUACUAAAUGAUAUGUUCUGUUGAAUUAAAAAAUGAACAUUGGGACAAAACUAUUGCUAUACCUAACUAUAUAUACGAGUAACUAUAUACCCACUUAAAGAACACAAUUAAAGCCACCUAGAACGGUUGUACGAAAGCUGGAUAGCGCUAUCCACCGGAUGGUGUUUUUUCAAUCGCUCUAAAGCUAAAACUGCCCAUUGUUCCGUAUAACAUGGCUUAAAGCUUAGUAGUUUUAAAUUGAGGCACCUCUUUAAAGAUUGUCAGCCACAAGUCUGUAGUUUUAUCCCUUCAAAACAUUUUUACAAGGUUGAGAAGAUCACUAUCCGGUGGAUAGCGUUAUCCAUGCAGCCUUUCGUACAACCGGUCGCUGUCAUAUAACCGUAAAAAUCGGAAGCAUGUAUAUAUUUUAGUAAUAUUAAUUAAGAGACGAUUAUGUAAAAAUACUAAUCUAUAUGCAUCGAGGCACCGCCGUCUGAUUCAACACUGGCUUUACCGCAAAUAAUCGCAUUUUGUGAUUUGUGGUCUGAAACAAAAUUAAAUAUUAAUAUACAUGCAUUUUAUGCAUUACGACUCAGAAAAAGGACAAAGUUUGUGACUGUUUUUGCAUUUGCGAUCUGAAAAACGAAAAUUGAUUGACAUGGAUAUACCAGUUUUGAGACUACCGUGCAUGGUACGGAGUUGCGAAAUGUCAAACUGUCGAAGCUAUUCGACGACCAGCAUAAAAACUAUGCGGUACUUUUUCUCUCAGUGUCACUUUCUUUUAAUCCAUUUUAUUCACGAGCCUCAAAACGUUUCAGCUUUUAGAUAGCUCUAAUAUGUAUCCAAUUUACUGUUUUCC